CCCCGGGGCUGACCGGCCUCGCCGCCCCUCGCGCGCCGCCCCCGACUCGCUCUCGUCCCGCUGCCCGGCGGGGUGGCGGCGGCCACUGGCGCCUGCCUCUAUGAUGAAGUUCAAGCCCAACCAGACGCGGACCUACGACCGCGAGGGAUUCAAGAAGCGGGCGGCGUGCCUGUGCUUCCGCAGCGAGCAGGAGGACGAGGUGCUGCUGGUGAGUAGCAGUCGCUACCCAGACCAGUGGAUUGUCCCCGGAGGAGGAAUGGAGCCUGAGGAGGAGCCGGGCGGUGCGGCUGAGAGGGAAGUUUAUGAGGAGGCAGGAGUCAGAGGAAAAUUGGGCAGGCUCCUGGGAAUAUUUGAGCAGAACCAAGACCGAAAGCACAGGACAUAUGUUUAUGUUCUUACAGUCACUGAAAUAUUAGAAGAUUGGGAAGAUUCUGUGAAUAUAGGAAGGAAGAGAGAGUGGUUCAAAGUAGAAGAUGCAAUCAAAGUGCUCCAGUGCCAUAAGCCCGUACAUGCAGAGUACCUGGAAAAAUUAAAGCUGGGUUGUUCCCCAACCAAUGGAAAUUCCACGGUCCCCUCCCUUCCUGAUAACAACGCCUUGUUUGUGACCGCCGCACAGAGCCCGGGGCUGCCUUCCAGUGUGAGAUAAGCCGAACUGGGGGACCUCCCCACUGCACCCCAGCUCCCUCUCAGAGAGGCUUCCGCAAUGCCCUUGGCAAACAUCUGAAUGAUGCUCGCAGACUGUCUGAAUUUGUCAUGCAGGGAUUUCAAACAAUUUGCAUGUUUUUCAGAUGCUUUCAGAUCUUCUUUUAAAAAAUAGUGUAAAAUAUUUUAAUAAGCCAAAGCCAUGUGGAAUUUUUUUUAGAUGCCUUAACAUGCCCCUUUCCCAGUGUUAUCUUGGUUGUCGUUUUUUUCCACAGCAUUUUCAGUUUUUCUUGUCCAUAUAAGCAGUGUUGCUUAUUUUGUCAGAUCAAAUUACAUAAUGGGUAUAUUCCUCUUAAAUUGUUUCUCAUUUGUAGCACUAACUUACUCACCAAAUUUAUGGUUGGAAUUAAAAAAUAUUUUUGGUAUUAAAAUCCAUCCAUCCCAGAACUUACUUCAUGGGAUCAUGAUUUUAAUUCAUAAAUUGCACAUUCAGGCUAUUUCAUUAUGGUCCUCUGUUUUGACAAAGAACUCAAUAGUAGUUUAAAAAUGCAAUAUAACUAUAUUGAGUUAAUUUUUAGAGAAAUAUUGUUAGCAAAAUGCAUGUAGUACAUUGUCAUGAAACUUGUAUUUCAUGGAAUUUAUUUAGCAUGCUCAGUUGCCAAUUCUUUCAUCUAUAAUCUCUCCUUACGUAGAGUAUGUUAGAACCAUAUUUCCCUCAGUGUAAAUUGCUCUUAAAACUUAGUUUCAGUUUAAUUUAGUGACAUUUCUUCAGUUAAACUUGUUUACCAAAAGCCACAGGAUGGGCAUCAAACCUUCAGUGCCAGUCAGUGAUGGCUGCAUCCCAGUGGAGGCCCAUGGCCUUCUUUCUGGCCAUUCAGCUGUUGCAGGCUUAGGGCAUUAGGGAACCUUUGAAUGUCUCAUCUUUCCUCGGCUGUCAGUACUCUGUCACCUAGCCUUUGGGGCACUGGAAAGUAAUUGAGAAUGAUCUUGUCUUGCAUUUGUCUUCAUACUCAGAAUCAGGCAUCCUAAUCUAAAGUGUACAUGCUUACCCUGCCUGAAACUCCCACACUUCCCAACUGAGGUCAAGAGAUGAGGGAGGAGGAAAAAACCUUUAAGAUGUGGAGUUGGGAGAAUGAAAAUUUUUUUAUGUAGACAUUCGUCUUUUGUAAAUAUUACAGCUGGUGAGUACAAAGUAGAAGUUAAAACAUUUGCUCUAUAAAUUGUAACCUUUAGAGAUAUAAUUGCUGCUAAAAAUAGUCCUUACACUUAAGGAAAAUUGGUGCCAUUUUGAAAAUGAGAUCUUGUGUCAUAAAUGCAGCUGAAUUAAAUACAUAUGCUAGUUCACAAAUUAAUGCUGUCAAAGGAGUUAAGUAGAGACACUUUCAACCAGUACUGUUCCAUUCUAAAUUAUGCAGUGUGAUCAGACAUGGGCAUCCAGAAUUUUUAUAUUCUUCUUUGUACAGAGGUUAUGUAUUCUGGGUGUUUUUUAAAAAAAAGGAAAAUUUUAAAUCCCACAAAUCAACAUUUUCUACCAGUCACCAAUGGACUAAGAUUUUCUCAGUAAUCUCUGAAAUUUCUUUAAAUUAUAUACUUAAAAGAGAAACUGGAUUGUUUUUGUAUAUAAGGCUGCUUCCACUUGAAAUGGCUGUCACAAGAACUUAGGGGGAUUUCUCUUGUACAUGAUAUAUUCUUAGAGGUAACAAUGCAUGAACUUAUUUUAUAAACUUGGACUACGUAUUUGACAUGUAAAAAUGUACAGUUUGUCAGCCAUCUCUUAAGUUAGACUAUAAAUAUUGUACAAUUUUCUUUGGUCAGAAACAUUUGAACUAAGUAGUGCUACUUGGGUCAGGAUUUCCUUCAGUGCCAUUUAUUUAGCAAACCCAACUGUUGUUAGGCUGUGCAAUUAGCAAAAAUAUGUAUGCUCCAACAGCAUAGUUUUCACAUGAGGGUUCUUCUGGAACCUAGUCUUGCAAAGUUAGAGGGGAAAGUCCUAAGGAAGUUAAGAGAAAAAGCCAACACUUUCAGGCCUAAAUAGUUGAAUCUAUUAAAGAUAAAUAAUGUCUACUAUCUCAAGUCUGAAGUUUACUGUGUUGAUACUGUCCUUUGCGCUUAUUUGUGGGGCAGCUGAGUAAAAUUGGGCGGCUAAAUUUCAGUUCCAUGUGCCCCUAUAUAAACAAAGUAAGCAGUUACUAUAAAUUGAUUCACAGACAAAGUAGGAACUGCCCUGCAUGUUUUUGUAAAGAGAGGUCAUUUUCCAACCAAGCACAGGACAUCCAGUUUUCUGUCAGUCAUACCAUAGUAUAAUAAAGCAGAAAAACUUAUGGGGAGAAAUGGUGGUUGUAUAGAAUGAGUUGCUUUGCAUGGUCUCAUGUGAGAUAACUGGUGUAAGAAUCUUGACUUUUUUUAUAUUUGGAAACAAAUAAAAAUGGAAACACAA